UUCUCUCUUGAUUCUGUGAGUGGCACGUCAUCGUGGACAUACUACACGCAAGAUUACUAUUGCAGCUACUUUAAGACACAGCGCAUCCUCAUUGGCCACCCAAGUGUGAACAACAAACCUUCACUUCCUUCGGUAUUCUACUACAGCGAGUUCCUUGGUAGCUCGGUUUAUCGAGGUGAACUCGGUGAUCUUUACAGCACAUUGUUCGCUGGCGACGUCUUGCCCACCAUGCAGGUACACCCGGAAUCCAGACAAACCUCCUCUCUUUGUCCCUGGUACCACUUUUGCCACAAUUCUUACUCCUCCUCCUCAUGUGCCACGAAUUCUGUCUUCGAUCUGAACAAUCUGUUCACAUACACGGAACCACGGAGACCUUCGUUGACUGCGGACUUUUGUCCGUGGUCCAUGCUGGAAGGACGAGGUACUCUAGACCUCUUUGGUGGAUUGUUUUGUGAAAAAGGAAUCUAUCCUUGUGGAAGUGAGUUUUCUCUUGAUGACGAUGAUGUAGAAAAUCUGGGAAGUGACAGCGUUGUCGAUGCAGAACUGGAAUAUUCAUCUGGAAUUGUCGAAUCAAGUGAAUUGGCUUUCGAUGCUAAAUACAAAGGUGAAGAAGAAAGCAAUCGUGAUGACGUAGAACUGCAGCCUGCUUUGGAAGCUGAAAUGCAAAAUAUGCCCGUCAAUGGAGCUUUGUCACCGACUUCGUCGACAACUUAUCACCGAAUACCAUCCGAAUCCCUACUUUGCCAAUACUCCUGGACUUGUUCUUUUGAUUUCCAUGAAGCCGCCAAAUCAAUGAACUCUAAGUUGCUACCACGGUGGCAUUGGAUGUUUCGUCAGACACGGUGGCCUCUUCGAUUUGCGCCGCAACAGAAUAUCGAGCUGUCUAUGAAUGGAAUCAGAAUCCCACCUUGGCGAGCGAGUGCCGGACGACUGCUGUCGGAUGUCAUUAGAUUUUGUUCUGCACAUCGUGAGGUGAAGAACCUUGUUCUUCUUGACCCCAUGGCUUUGUCACCGCUGUCGCCACUGCUCAAUUUGAUGCGACACUCCGUGGAAGCAAAAGCUCACCUGACUGGUAUUCUGUGGAUGACCCCAAUUGACGCCAUUUCCCCCUUCUACCGCGUUCCCAUUCCUCGUCAAGAG